AGGUUCCCUCUGUGAGACAGUAGAGGGGAAGGUGCAGAACAACACUCUCCCUUCUCCGCCGAGCAUGAACUCGUUCGACGUUCUGCAAAGGCAUCGGUGAAAGCGAAGAUUGAGAGAUAAAGAGAGGGAGGGAGCAAUGGAAUUCGGGGAGAGGGAAGCGGCCAUCAUCUGUGGCCAGAGGCCCCCCGAACCCGUCUUGGAAGUCCAGGAACGCUUGAAAAAGCACUAUUUGGACAGUCUUGGCAAGACCGUCAUUCCGGAUUGGGGCGACAAGGGUUUCCGGCAGAAUCUGGAGGAGCUCCAGCUUAGCCUUCGCCUCGCACCGUCGGAUUCCAGGGGGAAGACUUCGCAAAAAGUCCUCAUUCAACACCUCCUGCAGCCCUGUUCGUUGCAGGACAAGUUGUUGAAGGGUCUGCUCCGUCGUGUUUUGGUCGAAGGGGACCUGGGCUAUGGAAAGACGAGUCUCUGCAUGAAACUGGCUUACGAUUGGGCCAAAGGGGAGUCCAGCUAUCUCUCCUCCUUCCAGCUGGUUUUCCUCAUCCAGCUUCGAUUCUUCCAUGGUAAACUCAGCUCCUACAUCAAGAAGGAGUUCUUCCCCAAAUCCCUCAACUCCAAGAAGGCCAGACAGAGUGUGAAGACUUACAUGGACGAUUACAACGACAAAGUCCUGUUCGUGCUGGACGGAUUUGAUGAGCUUGACGAAGGAAAUAUGAAAGAAAUUUUGGAGCUCAUGGAAGGAACUCUGUAUCCCAAUAGCCACGUCCUCGUCACGUCUCUUCCGGCGUGCACGGAUCUGCUGAAGCCAUUUGUUGAAAAACGGGUUGUGGUUCAGGGUCUUGGUCUCUCAUACGUCCGACCCUUUGUCUAUUCCUAUUUCAAGAGUGUGAAUAAGGUGGACGAAGCCGAGGCCCUCUUUCAGAAGGGGAUCGUGAAGCACGAGACUUAUAGUUACAUCAUGGCCUCUCCCCUCAUGUGCUUUCUCAUGUGUCGGCUAUUCGAAGUAGAUCCGAAGUUCCCGGAAAACAGUCUGACGAAGGCGAUGGAGAGUCUGCUUCAGGAAGUGUUUCUUAAAUCCGCCCCCGCAGCCGCGAUCGAAGGGAAUGGUGAGGCUAUGUCGAAGACCCUGAGUGAAAAGAACGAGGCGAUGUUGAAGACUCUGGGUCGCCUGGCGCUACAGGUCGUCCUGGACAACAAGGCGUCUGUGACGGAGGACGAAAUCCGGAACGAGGGUCUGGGUACAGCCGUGGAACGGGGUCUUUUGGUCCGGAGUUGGGCCCUGGGGAAACGGGGAAAGAAGAAGUCCCGAAGCUAUCGUUUCAUCCACGAAUGCAUCAUGGCUUACUUGGCGGCACGAUACAUGGGGAGCCUCUCGAGUGGGAAGUUCGACAAAAGCCUCGUCCUCAUUCUCACCUAUGUGGACACAAUGGACGACCUCAACGACCUCGGCAUGCAGGUCUUGAGGUUCCUGGCCGGAACGUUGGGCGGAGAGGCUGGGAUCAUCUUCCAACGCCUCAAGUUCUCUGCCAUCUCGAUGAGGACCCUCUUCAUUCUGUUGAAGGAAUCCGGGUCUCAUCCCCACGUGAUCACCCAGCUGUGUGACCUGGCCAACGUGAGGUCGAAGGUCCAAGUCACCGUCGACGACAUCGAACUGGACGGCUGGAAGAGCGUCGUGGAGUCCCCGGCGUGCAAGGUCCAUGCGAUCGAUAUCGUCUUCAAGGAUUCCCGGGGUUAUGACCAGCAGAAGUUGGAAUCCCUGAUCCGGGCCGUGAGUGGAAGCGAUUCCAUCCGAAAAGUUCGCAUUUCUACAUCGGUUCAUCACGAUUUCCAAGCCACGACCGUCCAACAUAUCAGUCGAUCCGUUGCGAUCCUGUUGGAGAAAAAGAACCUGGAGUGCCUGGACGUGAGCCUAAAUCGUCUGGAAGAAGACGAGGGAUUGCGACCCGUUUUGAAGGCUGUGAUCAGUGCCUUGCUUCACGACAAGGCAAGUCAUUCCCUGCAGAAACUGGUGAUGAACGUGGGGAUGUCCACGGACAUGGCAGUGUCCUUGUGUCGAGCCAUUCAGGCCUUCCAGGGUAAGCUCCAGGUCCUAUCAUUGCCCCAUCUAGUCUGUGGUCAAGAGGCCUACCAAGCCCUGGCCUCACUCAUCAGGACUCUUCCCAUGUUGGCUCUGAACCUUAAUCACGCCUGGACCUUGUCACCUGCCGUCGAGGAGGUGGAUCCUGUGACUGACUCUCAGUCUCAGAGCUCUUGGGACACGCGUCUUCCGUCCCAGAAUUGUUGGGACAACGGACGUCUUCAAUCCCCGACCCAACAUCAGGGCCCUUGGGAAGGACGUCUUCAAUCCCAACCCCAGAGUUGUUGGGACAACGGACGCGUUCAAUCUCAGUCUCAGGGGAAUGGGACGAUCCGCAGCGUGAGCAGCAUCGAUGCCGGGACGCUCCGCAAAUACAACACUCUGAGAAAAGUGAAUUACCCCUUACCGGUCUGUGAUUCCAAGGAGCAUGACAUGUUCGGCUUCCACGACAUCUUCACUCAGCUGCAGUCCCCAGAUUGCAGGCUACAGAAUCUAAACCUGAGUAAUGCGAGCCUGAGGAAGGAGGAUUUCAUGUGCUUGGGCGAGACCCUGCAGAAGGCGAAGAAUCUGACCUCGUUGACAUUGCAGGGCGUGUCCAAGGUCCCCGACAUCCUCCCCUUAUUCUUGGGGCUUCAGGAGAACGUCUGCCUUCAACUGCUCGACCUUUCAUCCUCCCACGUGACCUUGGACGAUUUCUCGUUUCAAUGCUUGUGCCAAGUGUUGACCCGAGCCGCGAAUCUCCGCCUGUUGAGCCUCAAGGGAUGGAGCUUUCAGCUCGAGGAACCCCGUUCCAUGGACGUGUUCAGAGCAUUCCUGGCCAGCACGAAUAUGUCAAAUCUGGACCUGGAGGGCUGUGAUAUUCAGCUGACCGUGGACGAUUCCUCGUUCCCGCCCAGUGAGGACAUCCAGAGUGCCUUAAAUGUCAACGAAGUCCCGUCUUUGACCUUCCUGAACCUGAAAAAUGCUCGACUCCAAAUGCGGAACAAUCGACGCCAUGAUGUUUUUCUUCCACCUCGCCUUGCAUCGUUUCUAUCCCCGUUCCAGAACUUGGUUUCUCUCGACUGUGGACUCUGUGAAGGACAGAAAUGUCCUCUGGACGAUAAAGGAGCAGUGAAGGCCUUCACGGACGUGAAACAAUUGCCAAAACUGAAGCAGCUGGGCAUUGCAGGCUGGACGCUGAAUUUGAAAUCUCCCGGCAAGACCCUGAAAUCCCUGGGCCGGUGUCUGAAAUCCAUGGGAAUCAGAAGUCUGGACACCGCAGACGUGUCGGUGAGAACGGGUCUGGGAAAACACGGCCUGGAAACCCUGUUCUUCACCUUGGUGUUGGGGAAUGCGAUGGAACUCCAAAGCGUGACAGUGAGCAAGGAAGCCGUGGCCUCCAGUCAUGUGGAUGUCCUUGCCAAGGCUGUUGCGGACAAGUUCAAAGGCGACCGAUUGGAACUCGUCUUCAAUUCCGUCCCCGACAUCAUUUUUCACAGUCUUUUUAAUGCAUUGAACGAACAGGGACGACUGAACGUCGCCAUGUCCCUCAAUGCCCACGGAACGAGGGCCAUACACGUCACUCCUAAAGCCUAAUCCGUUUAGUUUAGUCGCGCGGUUACGGUACUUUUAUUUUUUAUUCUUACUGUAGACUGGAUUGUAGGUUGCAAGGCCGAUUCUACGGUAGAUGGAAUGCCCAGAGCGAAGGUGAAUUCAAGCCCCCCCCCCCCCACGAACUUAGCUGAAAUCUGAUUGAUCAUCUACUUUAGUAGUGCUCGAACUUUUUUGAACUCACGGAGCAUAUGGACAUAGACUUUCUCUCCGGGGGCCACUCAUCUAAACCUUCACUUAAAAACCUGUGGGAUGCAGGACACGGCAGCCACUUUGGUAUGGGCCAGUGCGACAUCGCUGCUUUCAAAUUUAUUAGUAAUAAGACCUGAGGCAAGCUCUCAAUUUACUUCUACUGACGUUCGAGCCAGUAUUAAUUAGUACUAUGAAUUUGGAAUUUCGAUCGCACAACUUUGAGAAAUCUGCAUCGCGCGCAGGCCACUUUCGGCACCGAUGACCUAAUUCAAGUGGAAUAUUGAUACUUUUUUUAUUUACUCCGAUGAAGCCCGACAAUCCUGUUGUUUUUAACCUACAUAGAAUCUUAUUAGGUCUAUCCCUCUUUUAUUUCUUGAAAUUUCUUACUGCAUUCGGCGUCUUUUACGUGAUUUCAAGCAGUUUUGACAAGCAGAGGGACCCAUCGCGUUCUCAAAAUUGUUUCACCCUGUGCGGUCACAUGUGUCUAAGGUCGGCCCCAAGUGGAAUUUUGUCGAAUUUCCCACUGUCCCUUAUUUCAUUCCUUGGUACACGACAAUCCAUUCUUUCAUGUUAGAAUAGCUUGCAACAGAUCGCGGGAAAAAUCUUGAAGUUCCCCCUACAAUCCUCUCUACAGUGGAGAAAAAAAGCAAGCAAAGGUCUCUAUUGUUAAGAGUGAAUCACUCGAUUCUAUUGUUGUCAUUGUUGAUCAUUUUCUGGUGGAUAUUAAUAAAAAAAAAGGUACCUGACUUGUAAAACGAUCACGAUCGACCGUGUUCCUUAUCUCGGUUAUAAACAUG